AUGGAACUGGUAGACAACGUGACAAUAUCGACGACUGACGUCAACGGUACUGCUGUGGAAGUUUUAACGUGUAUACCAAUUAUGAACUCUGGUAACUUUUUUAUGUGGUCACUUAUUCCAGCCGGUAUCACAGUCUUUGUGUUGAUAUUUCUACAAAGUAGAACGCAUUUGUGCAAAGGAUGUUUAGGAGGACGACCAGGAUUAAUAUACCCUGUUAAUUUACUGGAUAGUAGAAGUCACCGUGUGUCAUACGUAGCUGCAUUUGGCGUGGCGUCCACGGCAUGUUUUAAUAUCUUUAAUGGAAUGUACCCUUUUCCGAUCGAAGGACCCAACUAUGUAAAAGUGUUUUGGUCUAUUUUGGCUGUGUUUGUUUAUGGCUUAAGUUAUUAUCCAAUAUUUGUGUGUAUAGCCAUGGAGAGCAUUGUCAGCUACCUUAUCGGGACGUUAUACUCUUGUGGAUGGUGUUUUGUCGUAAUAACGGGUUUCAUUCAAUGUACAUCAGCCGAAAAUAUGACGCCUGCGCAUUUCGAUAUCAUAUUUGACUUGCCGCUUACGCUGUGUUCUGUGUACUUAGCAAUUCGAUUCCCUGUCUUACUUAUUAAGUCAAUUGUUGACGCUGUCAAGACAAAAACGCAUCGACUCACUCUAAAGGAAAAACUGAGCAAAAAUUACCAAGCCGUCUACGUCAAACAUGUGUUCAAAAAGAAAAAUACUUCAGAAAUGAAAGGCCAUUCAUCUGAAGAGAAGACCUUUUUAAAAUGUAUUAAAGUAUGUUGCCAGAAAAUAUGUUACCAGUCAGUACCAGGUUUUCGUUAUUCACCCAGGAUUAUCUGUGCUUUAGUCGUUGGUACCAUUGUUAUAUAUAAGAUUUACGCUCUGUGUGCAGGUCCUUAUAGCUUAUACAUUGACACGUUGUAUGACUUCAUUGCGGGUACAGGGCCAUAUAUAGAGAUACUUGGUUUUAAUUCAACUGAAACUAUUGGUGUAAUUCAAUACUACAUACGUGUUGGAAAAGUUUGUUAUUUUGUUGGUCUAUCAACGAGUUUCGGAAUGUCAUUGGUAAUCAUUUUCCUCAUAUUUGUAAAUUAUAGGGAAAAUGUGUUGAAUUUAUAUAAAGGUAGAUCAAACUUUAUCCCGGAAAUAGAAAGUAUCAGCAAUGACUCCAAGGUGGUGUCAUGUGUUCGCUACGCUGGUUUUCAGGUUGGAUAUUUAAUAUGGGGUUUCAUCGUACAAGCUAUACUAUUUGGUUUGUUAUCACUGGGACUAGCUUACUUGGUGUUUAUACCUUUAAUUGAUGGAUAUGGGAAGUUUAUACUUGACUUUGCAAUGUCUAUAUGGCCCGCCAUUGUGAUUGGUUUUGCCUUAACUAUACUUCAAAGACUACUAGCAAGGUUUGUAUUUCUGCAAGACAAUGGACGGACAUUUGCCUUGAACAACAGACGAUUAUUUCACAACUUCUCUUACUUGAUGUUCUUCUUCAAUAUGUUUCUGGGAUUAUUUUCUUGCUUGAUGAGAAUUGUCAAAGCUAUUAUUUUGGGAACAGCACUCUUGUCUCGCAUUGACAGCAGUACUUUGUCUAAGAAGUUCGAAAGAUUCGACCCUGGUUUCAUGGCUUACGUUGGAUUCUUACACGUGGAGACUGCGCAUACGAAUCCAAUAAUGGUGACUUUCUGUCAUAUUCUGAUUCACUUAAACAACGAACGCAAACAACUUGAAAGUACAUAUAAUAGUCAACAAUUAGACGAUUUUGGAAUGAAAGGAUCUACCGCCAACAAUCUCCGGCGUCGACGGAUUGCAAGGAAUCGGUGGUUUCUGGCCUACACUUUACAACGAAAUCCAGUUAUGGCCGUGAAAAGACAACUACUCUUCAAACGAGACUACGUGAAUGAAGCACUUGAUGCUGGAGAAGAAGCAUUGGCAAUAGCCGGAAUUAGUUUGCUGAAUUAGUUUGCUAAAAGAUGAAUAUUUAUAUAUCUUAAUACAAAUUACUCAAAUUACUUAAUCAAAUCACAUAUAAUAAUUUCACAUUUUUAUCAGUGAUAGAUAUUUCAUGUAAUAUUAAACCAUGCAAUGUCGUCA